AUGGAUCGCAGCCUCUAUGUACCCAUGUUCUUCUUUUUCUCAAUUCUGGCUUCUGCAGACUUCAUAUUAUGCAUCACAUGUGUCCCCAAAACGCUUGGCAUACUAUGGUUGAAAGCUCAGAUAAUCAUUAUUUCCUAUCUGCCUCAUCCAGUUGUGUUUUCUCCACUUCGGGUUUUACUGGACUCAGCCAUCGUGUUGGGCAUGGCAUUUGAUCAUUAUAUGGUUAUUUGCUCCCCUUUGAGAUAUACACUAGUGUCUGACACCUGGAAUGAUUUCAAGAUCAUGGUGGGUAUUUUUGGUCAGAGCUUUAGUACCAUUUUGCUUGUUGUUUUCCUGGUGAUGUGUCUGCCCUUCUGCAGGAAACUUAUCAUCUCACACACAUACUGUGAGCAAAUAGGGGUGGUCAGACUUGCUUCUGCUGACAUCUCCAUCAAUAUCUGGUAUGGCUUUGCUGUGCCCAUAAUGACUGUUAUCUUGGACCUGAUCCUCAUUGGUAUUUCCUACACUCUCAUUCUUCAUGCUGUUUUCUACCUUCCACCCAGAGAUACCCACCAGAAAGCCUUCAGCACCCAUAGUUCUCAUAUUAGUGUCAUUCUCAUAUUCUACACACCAGCCAUGUUCUCUGUCCUUACUCAUUGCUUUGGCCACAACAUCUCUCAUACGUUUCAUAUCACAUCUGCGAUCCUCUAUGUGGCAACCCCUCCUGCACACAAUCCCUCCUGCACGUAUAAAAACAAAACAGAUUGGGGACAAGAUCCUCCCUCUAAUUCUUUCCUAAAGGGAUGCAGUGACCUGGGGAUGAGAACAUGGAGAAAAAGAUUAUGGGAAAUCAAUAAUCAUAUUGAUUUAAUAGAAUUUCUUAUGUAA